AUGUUGCCCGAAGUAGACGAGACCGUGGCGCUUUGCAAGGCCGAACGGAUACGUGUUCUUGUCGAACCUCAGUAUUAUGCUUCUGUAAAGGGACCCACACGACGCUUUCUUGUACAGUCGGACCGAGUAGGGGAAUUCCGAACGGUCGCCAUGAGCGUGUCCUUACUACCGGCCUAUCAAAGGAAUGACCCUAGCGUCAGAAAAAAAGUCCUAAACAAGUCCUAA